AGAACAUGCCUGAAGAAUGAAGAGGUUGACGCGUGGCCCUGGACAUCACUCUUCUCACGAGGCUCUUUGCAUCUUGAUGGUUGCUGCUCCUCUUCUCCUCCUGGCAGAAACCCGUUCUCUGCAUGGAGAAAGACUGGAUUUACUGGGAAGGAACGACAAGUAUGUGUCCCUGAUCAACUACAGCGUCCCUCAGCUAUGUCAGUUCACGGUCUGCGUUGACCUCAACCGCACGGCCAACGUCAGCUCCUGGGCAGCGUUUUCCUACGACACUAAUGAUACCUCCACCGACAUAAAUGACAUGGAGCUCGGACUCUCGGGAGAAAACAAGCAGUUGAGACUGUAUCUUUUCGGCACCAGACGAGACAUUAAGCUCGACCUGUCCCUUUUUGUGUGGUACAGCCUGUGCUGCUCAUGGGAUGCCACCAAACAACUGCUGGAGGUCUACUGCAAUGGUGAGCUCGUGCAUUCUGAGACCAUUGGCAGCACCGAGUGCCUGAAACCCAACGGGAGCCUGGUGCUGGGUCACCUGCACAAGAGGAAGGAUGGCUUUAUUGUGCGGGUGAGCAACAGCUUCAUCGGCAGCUUGUACUACUUCCAAAUGUGGGACCGCGUGCUGGGUCGGGAAGAGCUGUUGGACUGCGCCAUGGGCAAUGCCAUCAGCUGGGAGGAAGGGUUCUGGAACUUCAGCAGCAUCCUUCCCAUCAUGGACCGUCACCUGCGUUGUGCAGGCUCCAGGGAGGCAUGGUCAACGAGGGCUCCAACCAGGAGUACCAGAGGCACCAUCCCACUCAGCUUCUUUAACGUUGGCAUGAACGUCUCUCUUUUCUACAAAACUGAGAGAGCUCCCGAUUACUACGAUGCAAGGACACUUCUGGAAAACUGGUUUAGUAUCAUAUUUACUGGAGAAGAAUUUGUUGUGACAAACUUUAAAGUCAGGUAUAAUUAUCCAGAGAGCAGUGUCUAUAAGAGGACCCGUGUAAAGCAGAUGUCACAAAGCUACAUCUGUAAGGUCAUUAUAAAGGCCACAUCACUUGAAACGCAGGAAGUGCUGAGUCUCAGGAUCAAGCAGUUGUUGAAUGACACCUACGAAGAGGGACCAUUAUUCUUACAUGUGAAACCUGAAGAUGUGGCUGUCAAGCCAAUAGAACUAAUGGAUUGUCCAGAAAGCUUUUCACACACAGCCUACAAGGGGAAUUAUUCCUGGCCGCUCACAAGCCCAGCCAGCGAAGUGGAGGUCAGCUGCUGGAAAAACCCUCUGCAGUCUGCUCAGAGGAGCUGUGCAAUUCAUAUUGAACUUGAACGAGCUUUCUGGAAGAAACCAAAUAUGACUGAAUGUAAAUUACUGGAAGAACUUCCAAACAAUAUUUUAGACCUCCAAAAUAUCAUGAUAACAGAAGAGAAUGCACAAGAUGUUGUAGAGCAUAUUUUGUACCUCUUGCCAGAUGCAACACUGUACAGGGAAGAACUAGAAAUCAUUGCAAGUAAAAUUUUUGAUAUCGUAAGGCUUGCAGAUAUAACUGUGACACUUGCAGAGACUGUAUUGUCUAUAGUAAACUAUAUUUUGCUGCAAGAAAUAGAAGAUCAGAACAUCAGAAAAAUGACCAAUAGCAUCCUGAAGACAACGGAGGAGAUAGGCUAUAAGGUGAUUUACACAGAAAGAAAUACAUCAGUGAUAACCACUUCCUUGGCUCUGCUUGUGACCCGUCCAGACCCCAGUGUGUUUGGAGGACUGGCCUUUGGCGUCACCUCCUACAGCAGAGGCAUGGACCUCAAGAUCAACGUUCAAGAAAACCCUUUCAAAAAUGCCCUGGCCUCGGUGUUUUUGCCAAAAUCACUGAAGAAAUUCUUAGGGAUGGAGCACUCCGACCCAGAGAAGCAUUCGAAGAUCCAGUUUAAGUUUUUUGGCACGCCUUCACUCUUUGCAGAUGACAGUUUAAAGACGGAGAGGUUGAAUACCUACGUUGUGAGCGCCAGCAUCGAAAACGCAUCAGUUCAGAACCUUAAUGAGCCCGUGACUAUUACUCUUCAGCACGUGGACCAAAAUACGGGUAAUGCAGCAGUGCACUGCGCCUUUUGGGACUUUGAGAAGAACAAUGGACUGGGAGGUUGGAAUACAUCGGGGUGUGAAAUGGAAUAUACAGAUAUGAAUUACACAAUCUGUUUUUGUAACCAUCUUACCCAUUUUGGAGUCCUACUGGACUUGUCCCGGAAAGAGAUAGAUGCCACACAUGAUCGUAUAUUAACUCUGAUAAGCUAUGCAGGAUGUGGUGCUUCUUCCCUUUUUCUGGGUAUAACCCUGGUGACAUAUCUAACCCUGGAAAAGCUGCGGAGGGACAACCCUUCAAAACUCCUGCUCAAUCUUUGUGCCGCGCUGCUGAUGCUCAACAUGGUCUUCCUCACCAAUUCCUGGCUGUCCUCCUUCGACCAGCCUGGCCUCUGCAUCGCCGUGGCCGUGCUCCUUCACUAUUUCCUUCUUGCGGCUUUCACGUGGAUGUGCCUGGAGUCCCUUCACUUUUACUUGGCUCUUGUCAAAGUUUUCAAUGUUUAUGUCCCAAAGUACAUCCUCAAAUGCUGUAUUGCUGGCUGGGGGAUACCAGCUAUUGUAAUUAGUAUUGUGCUCAUUAUAAAUAAAGACUUCUAUGGCAAUGGAUCACACUCGGAGAGCAACCCAUUCAGCAAUUUUUGCUGGAUUCAAGAGAACGUAGUCUUUUACAUCUCUGUUGUGGCCUAUGUCUUCUUGAUAUUUUUGACGAAUACAGCCAUGUUCAUCGCUGUUCUCCUUCAAAUCCACUCCGUCAAAUCAAGGACACAAAAGAGAUCCAGAAUCUGGAAACGAGGUUUUCUCCAAGACCUCAAAAGCGCUUUCAGCUUGAUGUUCCUUUUGGGCUUAACUUGGGGCUUUGUCUUUUUUGCCUGGGGAGCAGUGAGGAUAUUUUUCUUGUAUCUCUUCAGCAUUUUUAACACCUUGCAAGGGUUCUUUAUCUUUGUCUUUCACUGCCUAAUGAAGGAAGAAGUAGUGAAGCAGUGCCGAGUACACUUCUGCUGGGGAAGAUUUCGUCUGAAUAAUUAUUCUGAGUGGAGUGGGUCAGGUGCAACUGCUGGAUCUACACCCAGGCGUUCAAACCGCUCCUCACCGCCCCAGGCUUUGUGGAGGCUACAUUCUACUGGGACAAGUUCCACUUUCAAUGGUUCAGAUUUCCUUCCCAGGACAUCUCCGGAUACAAAUUUUAGGAUCGCUGAAGUUCAUUACAACCCAAGUGCUGUCUCUUCAGACGAUGGCGAGACCAAACAUCCUUGUUCACAAAGAAUUCUACCCAUGGAAACAGGGCUGCACUAUCCACAGAAAGCCAGAUUUUUGCAUUGAUACUGGAUUUGUUUUCUUCUGAUUAUC